UCAUUUAGGUAUUGUUGUUGUUCAGAUUGCCCCUUCGCCCUCUCGUGGAGAUACUUACUGUGGUGACUCAUUUUCGCACAGUCCAUCCACAAUUGUAGGACGAAAUAAAAAAGGGAAAUUCUAUGCUUAGCUGUCACUGUUGAUUGGAUACGACAAAUCAAAUUUCGUCUCAACUCUUAAUUCUUAAUCUUAACAUCAUCAUCAUCAUCAUCUUUCCGUUCCAAUUUUCUAAUAAGUUUAUGUGGUGUGAAUUUCUUCAACAAACAACAAUGGCUUCCACUUCCAUAAUCAACUCGUUGACUUGCGCUUCGCGUACUCCCUCCACUCUUCACUACUUGACCCGCACCCCUACCACAUCAUCCCGAUUUGGUAUCAACCACUGUUCGAUUCAACUCUCCACAAGGUUCUCUUCGCUGACAACUUCCCCCGUUCUAUGCAAAGCCGUCUCCGUCGAAUCUCAAACCAAGAUUGACGGUCUUAACAUUGCCGACGAUGUUACGCAGCUCAUAGGAAAAACGCCAAUGGUUUAUCUGAAUAGUAUUGCGAAGGGCUCUGUAGCUAAUAUUGCUGCAAAGCUUGAGAUUAUGGAGCCCUGUUGUAGUGUCAAAGACCGGAUAGGUUAUAGCAUGGUACUUGAUGCCGAGCAGAAAGGGGCCAUAACACCUGGGAAGAGUGUUUUGGUGGAACCUACAAGUGGGAACACAGGAAUCGGUCUUGCCUUUAUAGCAGCUUCUAGAGGAUACAAGCUCAUUUUGACGAUGCCUGCUUCAAUGAGUUUAGAAAGACGAGUUCUUUUGAAAGCAUUUGGAGCUGAGCUUGUUUUGACUGAUGCUGCGAAGGGUAUGAAUGGAGCAGUUCAAAAAGCUGAAGAAAUUGUAAAAAGUACACCUGAUGCAUACAUGCUUCAACAAUUUGAUAAUCCUUCAAAUCCUAAGAUACAUUUUGAGACAACCGGACCAGAGAUAUGGGAAGAUACAAGAGGCAAAGUAGAUAUUUUAGUUGCAGGAAUAGGAACUGGUGGUACCAUUUCUGGAGUUGGUCGAUUCCUAAAACAACAAAAUUCAAAAGUACAGGUUAUUGGUGUAGAGCCUCUCGAAAGCAACAUACUUUCAGGUGGAAAGCCAGGACCUCACAAAAUUCAGGGUAUUGGGGCUGGUUUUGUGCCCAGAAAUUUGGAUGAAGAAGUGCUUGAUGAAGUUAUAGCGAUAUCGAGUGACGAAGCUAUUGAAACUACAAAGCAAAUAGCACUUCAGGAAGGCUUGCUGGUGGGAAUUUCUUCAGGGGCCGCUACAGCAGCUGCAUUGAAGGUUGCAAAGAGACCUGAAAAUGCGGGGAAGCUUAUCGCGGUUGUAUUUCCAAGCUUUGGUGAAAGAUACUUGUCUACUGUUCUUUUCCAGAAAAUUCGAGAAGAAUGUGAGAAAAUGCAACCGGAGCCAUGAAAAAACUUUACUUGUUUAAUUUUUCAGACACAUUUUCCGUCAUCAUCCACGAUCCACCAAUGUUGUAAGGCAUGACAAAUGUGACAUGUCAAUGUUACGUUUUCUCAUUUUUGACAUUUAAGUUAUUAGAAAUUUCUGAACUGGUCAUCAAUUUGACACAGCACAAAUCAAUUGGUCGUUGAAAAAUAGAUAUCUCCCUGGUAUUUUGUGGGGGCAAAACUUUUAGAUGUAUGACUGGUAUUAGUCUUCUUUAUGUGUGACCGAUGACAAAUUCUCCAUAAUGUUCGUAGUCAUCUAUCUAUUGCUCUAUGUGUGACCGAUGACAAAUUCUUCAAAUAAUGGAUGAAACAAAGUUUAUCUA